AGCAGUGGAGUCCGCCAACGGGCGGGGGAGGAUGGAGGAGGCGGCGGAGGCGCCGGGCGCUUGGCUCAGUGGGGACAGCGGUAACGUCUCGCAGAGCCCCAGCAGCGCGUCGGGCAUCGGGGAGGAGGGCGGCGACCCCCCGGAGCUGCUGCUCAGCCGCGCCGCCGCCGCCUACUCCGCCUACCUGCUCCCGGCCGGGCUCGAUUUCUGCGCGCAGAUAGAAAGUUUAGACAAGAGUCUAGAAGAUUUGCUGACCAGGGUUGAUGAAUUUGUAGGGAUGUUAGACAUGAUUCGAAGUGAGUCUUCUCAAGUAGUCAAUGAAAGGGUACCUCAGAUUCACUCAAAAGCUACAGAAAUGAGACACAUAUAUAGAAAGAUUGACAAACUAGAGGCCUUCGUAAAAAUGGUUGGAAAUAAUGUGACUGGACUGGAGGAGCAGGUCACAAAAGCAGAAACAGACCUUGGAACUUUUCCAAACACCUUUAAAAAAUUCUUACACACUAUCAGUGUACCAUCCUUUCUUAACAAAUCAUCUUCCUCACGGCAACAUCAGACCCUGUAUGAGCCUCCAGCCCUUUUCAAGACUGAAGACUACUUUCCAUGUCUCAGUGAGCCACCUUAUUCAUGAUUUUGCUUUUGGGUUGACAUGAAUCCAGAAGAGAAAAUGGCAAGUGAACAAAAGCAGCGCUCAGAGUUGCUGCAUUUCUAUGCAUAUCAAUGGCAGAUUGCCAUCCUGACUCUGUGCCACCAUCUGUCUUCAGAUAGUAUUAUGAGCAGUCUUCAACUAUUUGUAUAUAACAUAUGAUUACAGAAGUCUUCCUAAAACAAAGCUAUAAACCUUCAGGUUAAGAGGGAGAGAAAUUGGUAAGGGCACUCUUGUAAUUGAUUUUUCAUUUUUAAAUACUCCCUAGUAGGAAAAUGGAUAAAUAGGAAAUGUCCUUUUUUUCCCCAUAUUGUAAUACUUUAAUUCUGUGCUGCUACCAAUAUUAACAUCUAUACCACAAUGUUUCUAUUUUUUUAAGUAGCCCUGUGGUAACUGAGAUGAGAGAAGGACAAAGCUCUCUAUGUUAAUGUCCCCAAGGAAUGGCUCGGGUCCUGCUCUUCAACAUCUGAGAGCAUGUAUUAAAAAUACAUAGCAGUAAGAUCUCCACAGUUCUAUGAACUGCUAACUCUACCAGACUCUGUAGCGUGAGAACAGGAAUGUGAUGACUGCUGUAGAAUUUCAAGAGUAAAAGUCUAUAAUCUUGGAAGUUCUGUCUGAUACAUGUAUACAACCUUGACUUUUGUAAAUAAUGCCAAAAUUCUAUCUGUAUGAUUACCAAAGCUCUUGUAAUUAAAAUGAUGUAAUUAAAGUUGAAAUAGUUUAUUUGUA